CCUACUACCUGCAGUUGAGAUCUCAAGUCCUACCUAACUGGAGGUAAUUAACUUUAUCCUUCUAACAUCACCCACAUCGCGCGAUUUGGAGCAUCGUCAACGUAGCACGUAGCGAAAGCUGCCCCGAAGAAGAAAUCAUCCCAUUAUAUAUCCUUUGUCUCGGAUUGAAGUUAUACCUGAUACACGCGGCACACUGAACCGUGCUGCCUGACAAGGCUGCCUUGCGCGCCGAAGCCUCAUCGCCAGUACAACGCCCAUCAUGAAGAUUUGGUCAUCGGUAAUCACGGUGCUGGGAUUGUCCUCAUGGGCAGCUCAGGCCUUGGAGGUUCAAAUAGACCAAUCCGAUGAGAAUUGGCAACAAUGCGCUGGCAUGUACAAUAAAGCAGCCUGGGGCGGCCCGGUUGACCCUUUCAUCCUCACCGUGUUCCCGAACGAUACCAUAAAAGCCGACGAGGACCCUAUCGUGAGCUUGAUCAUCUUCGAAUGGAAGGACCAAGAUUUGAUUGGAGCUUUUCCCAACCCUGAAGCCUUUACUAAGGAGCGAAUUUGCGAUGAAGACAACGUCAAAGCAGACCUCUGCGAUAAGUCCCACUUGGGUGAAUGGAUCGUAGCUCCGAACGCGACCGAAAAAUCGGGAAAUCUAAUCUUGACACAAGCUGUCCAUCUCAAAUCGUCUGCUCCCAUUAACUACCCUAUCAAGAAGACUGGCUAUUACUGCGUCGCGGCGUAUGGGUACAGCAUCAAAGAAUUUAAGGGUGUUGUCGAAUUUCGUGAGGCUUAUGGCGAGCUUCCAGCAAGUCAGAUACCAAAACUGCCAUUUUAUGGAGGCAUAACAAUCCUCUAUGCUGUGGUUGCCGUCUUCUGGGGGUUCUUGUAUUACCAACAUAGAUACGAUAUUUUACCUGUACAGAAUUACAUCACAGCUAUCCUUGUUUUCCUCGUUAUUGAGAUGCUUUUAACUUGGGGCUUCUAUGACUUCCUCAAUAGGACCGGCUCUAGCGUUGGGUCCAAGGUUCUCCUAGUCCUGGUCGCCGUACUGAAUGCGUUCCGCAAUUCAUUCUCAUUUUUCCUACUGCUCAUCGUUUGCAUGGGCUACGGCGUCGUCAAGCCGUCUUUGGGCAAGACAAUGAUAUAUGUCCGAUGGCUAGCUAUUGCGCACUUCGUUUUCGGACUAGUAUAUGCAAUCACUAGUCUUUUGGUUUCGCCCGAAGCUGCUGGACCAUUCGUACUUCUUAUUGUACUCCCCCUUGCUGGCACUUUGACUGCCUUCUAUGUAUGGACACUGAACUCCCUCAACUUCACGCUCAAGGACUUGCGUGAACGCAAGCAGAAUGCCAAAGAGGCAAUGUACAGAAAGCUCUGGUGGUGCAUCCUGAUCAGCAUCCUGGUCAUCUUCGGUUUCUUCUUCUUCAACUCUUUCUCCUUCGCAUCAGCUUCUGACCCUGAUUAUGUUCCUUUUCACUGGAAGUCUCGGUGGUUUGUCCUUGAUGGUUGGCUGAAUCUCGUCUACUUCGCUGAUGUUGCUUGGGUUGCUUAUGUGUGGCGCCCAACCGCAAACAACCGCCGCUUCGCAAUGAGUGAUGAAAUUGCUCAAGAUGAGGAUGGCGGCUUCGAGUUCGCUGAUGUGGGGGCCCCAGAUGAUUCAGAUGAUGACGAGGAAGCGCAAGUGGGAAUGAAGACUUCGAAAUCGCAACCGGCACCGGCACCGGCAAAUGGUGUCAGCACUGCUUCGCAGGGCAUAAGUAGAACCCCGGCGAAGCCAGAGUCGCCACGAGAUUCAUUCGACGGCGAGACCAUAUUCGCCGUUGGUGAGGAUGGUGACAAGUUCAGUGAUGAUGAGGAUGGUGGAGAAGGAUCAAAUCUUGUAGGAAAGAACAAAUAGGAGAGUGUGGUCGAAGGCAAAAGAUGGAUGAGGAGGGCACUACCGAAAUGCACACUUAGGUCAGUGCGUGUUUCAUCACUGUAUUAAUAUAGAGCGACUCUACGUGGCGUUGAAGGCAUUGAUUAUCAAUCACGAUUGCUUCCGAGGUAACAUGGUCUUAAAUGUAUUUGUCGCUCACCUAAGUCUAACAACAAGUCUGAGCUUACCCAAGGUGGUUAUACGAGAAACUUGUAUAUCGCAUAAAACGAAUUGGCUGCUGAAGUUGAAGAGGCCGGGGGCAUUAUCGGUGGAUAUGGUACUCUUAUUUUCAUGAUUGGGAAACAUGCAUUUUUUUUCAGCUUGUCUCCCUCUCAUUCUUUUUAAGUCUUGUAGGUGCAGAAUACUGUGCCAUUGUGAUCAUAUAUUCCUAAAAUGUAAUAGUAUA